AUGGGCCAAGAAUUCUCAUCCCUAGAUCUCUCGGCCCCAGAUAUCAUUUCAGAGAAUUCCUCUGGCGAACCGGGCACCAUCAAGACAAUAACCAGGACAAUCACCCGAGACGAUGUCAUGGACGAAAUGAAGCCCAUCCUCCGGCGUCUCAGCGAUGACGAAUGGACGCCAGAGCUGUCCGCCGACAUUUCAGCUGUCCUGACCCCCUACAAGCUCAAGGUGAUGCCGCCGCGCUCCAAGACUGUGCUCGCGAAAUGGAUAAACGAGCAAGAGGACCAAAAGUACCUCCAGUGGCUCAAGAACGCCUCGGAUGACUUGCUCUCCGUCACUUGGAGUGAGACGAAGUGGAUUCCUGGCGUCAAAGUCUGGUCCCGUUGGCAUCCCGCCAACCUCUUCUUGAACAUGUUGGAGGAGGAGGCGGACGACUUUAGUCCUGAGCAGAAGAAGUUGGUCCAGGAUCAUGUCAAGGAUGUCAAGAGAUCCCUCCAGCGCGAGAAGGAGCGCGAGCCCGAGCAAUUCGAGCAGCUCGCCACCAGUGUGCUGAAGGCAAUUGAGAAGAUGGAGGACAAGAUGACGGAGCGUCUCGACGCCGUUCAAGACGAGGUUCGGAUGUUCAUCUCGAUGACGAAGUCGCCGUGA